AUGAGCUUUCUUGGCAAGUUUCGAAGGAAAAAGGAGAUAGAGCCGAAUGGUUUGUAAAGUUUCAAACGAACGAGAAUCAAUAAUCUUAAUCCAGGUCAUCCGGAACAGUAUCAGAAUGGGACGAAUCGUCGGAGCUCGCUCAGCAACGAUCACAUUUUGAUUCCCGAUUCGAGACAAAGAAGACAGAGCUCCUCUUUGGCGGUCCCGGAGCUCUCGGCUGAUAUCGGUUCGUCUCUUCAUCCGAGACAAUUGAAUUCCUAAUUAAAUUCGAAUUUAAAACGGCAUUGCAAAAGACAAAAAAGGAAAUGAAUGUUUUCAGGAAGUGGCUCAGACCACGAGGGCAUUCAAAUCAGACAGAAGGCCCAGUUGGCGUGGUCCCUCGAUCGUCUGCUCUCCGAUUCUUCCGCCAUUUCCUACUUUAUUCAGUACCUCGAUUCGGUGGAUAAACUCAAUUUGAUCAAGUUUUGGAUGCACGUCGACUGCUUCAAAUCGAGUUUCACUGAAGAUCACAAAGGAGCGCAAGAGUGUGGGUUUUCGGUUUAAUUGAAAAAGAAGGACUACUGUGAAUUCCUCUGAAUGUUCAAAGAUUGGAGAGACAGUGAUGCGUGGGAAAGAAAACCAAAAAACAAUAAAUAUUUAUUAUAAAUGCGUUUCUUUUUCAGUGUCCUUCCGCGACGCAAAGAGUAUCUACGACAAAUACGUGGACGAGGGCUCCAACAGCUCACUCGUCCUUCCUCGAAAAAUAAAACAAAUUGUAGACGGUAGUGAGCAUUCGAAUUUCUUCACAAUCCAAAUUCAAUCCUCAUUCAGAUCAAAUGGCCAAAGUUCCCCUUGAGAAAAACUGUUUCGACGAUGCGCAGAACUUUGUGAAAUCCCUGUUCGAAUAUCGAUACUUUGAGGAGUUCCAGAGCAGUGUCUACUAUAAAAAGCACGAAUUGGAGGCGCUCUCCGACGAGUGCACACUGAUGGACGUGCUCAAAGUGCAGCCGUUGCUCCUCUCGUUUCUCGAGUUUAUCAAAGAGAAAGAGGACCACGACAUGGUGCAGUUUCUGCUCGGAUGCGACAGUUUCGAAGCGAACCUAGAUCUGAUGGAGGACGGAGAGGCACUCGGCGACGCGAUGUCUCUCUACGAAAAGUACUUUUCGAUGCAGGCGACGAACAUGAUCGAGUUGGGAGCGACUGCGAGAGCGGAUAUGGAAUCGUUGAUCUGUGAAGAAUCGGGACGGCCCAAUCGGAAAGCCUUUGAGACUGCGUGGGCCACGUGCGUUUAUCGAUUGAGAGAUGUAAGUUUAAGAAUGUGUGCUUCUGAAGCUUUUCGAGUUUGACGCAUUCCCAAACUUGUCACGAGUAUCUGUAUUAGUUUAGAGUAAUCACCUUGAAAGUUUCAUCUUAAUUGGAUUCUCUGACAUGGAGGCCUCACAGAAGCCCGGCUCUUCGGUUUUGCUUCAAGAUAUCUUCAAAUCGGAUAAUCCAAUCGAGCUGAAACUUUCAAAUUGGAUGCUCGAAACCAAAACUGUGAAUCAUGUUAAGUUAGGGUAUGAUCGGAUGAUCGGGAGUAGAUCAAAAGGUAUUUUGCCUAGCUCUGGCUUGAUCUGAAACGGAGGCUAGAUGCCCUUUAAGUCCAAAUCUUCAAAUAAACCUGACUUUUAGUCGGUCUUCCAAGCGAUCGCUUCUGUUGUCUUUCCCGCAAAAAGUCACGUUUCUGAUCAUGAUCGGCCAUAAAACGGGACUGAAAACGAACGUUAAAAGGCGUAAACAAAGCGUUGAUUCGUCUGAAACCGUUUCAGAAAUACCUGAUGGACUUCACCGAAUCGGCGGCGUUCCGCAACUACCUCUCCGACCUCCGCGCCUUCAUCGAUUCGACGGUGGAACUGCCUCGGCGCUUCAGGGACCGCAAGGCCACCGGCAGCUGCUCGGACGUCGCCUCCUCGACCGAUUCGCUGCCGAACGUGUUCAGCCGGCAUCUGGAGGUGCUGGAGAAGAAGCUGGCCGACGGGGACCAAAGAACUCCGACCGGCACGCCGAGCCCGUCGAAAAAGAGCACUCCGAGGACGCCGCGGAGCAGCAGACUCGCGGAGAUUGACGAAAUGGGGAGGUACCACGCAUUGUACGACGACUCGCAUUCGCACACGCACAAACCGCAGAGGUUCGGGAGAGAAACAGAGAAAGAUAAACAAUUCAUUUUAGAAUCAGGUCGACAUUACGCAAGUAUCUCGACAAGAAUGCUCUGCGAGAAGAGGAGAUCGCAGAGGAAGUGGCCCGAACGAUCAUCCGAGACAUGCAAGAAAUGGUGGCCUCUUCCGGCGGUCCCAGCUGA